CGCCCUUUACAUGACCCAAUUCCCACAAGUCCUCUCUCCCUUUUCUACUCUAAUUUACCAGAGCUCUUAAGCAUGAGAACCAAAACAACAUUCUUCUUUUGGCUCUCUGCGUUGGCUAUUGCACUAGUUUCCAUUACCUUUGCACUCCGCAGCUUCUCUUCUCUUUCCUCAACUUCUGUAAUCUCCAACUUUGUCCAAACCGGCUCCGAUCUUGCCAUGUUUGAUGUUUUUUUCAAACAAAGUGUUGAGACCUUAUUGUCAACCGUGAGAAGCAUUGUGUCCAGACACCAUCAUCACCAGCAGAGGAUAAACUGCGACGUGGAAAAAUGGAACUCGUGGCUCAUAUCCGAAUUCAAUGUGUCACUUGUUUUGACUGUUGGCUUAAAUGGCUGCACAAACUUUAGUAGUGUGCAAAAGGCAGUAGAUGCCGCUCCUGAGCUUAGCACUAAUAGGACACUCAUCAUAAUCGACUCAGGUACUUACAGGGAGAAGGUGACAGUUAAUGUUAGCAAGACCAAUUUGAUAUUUCAAGGUCAGGGUUAUCUUAACACUGCCAUAGCUUGGAAUGACUCGGCCAAUUCUUCUGGGGGUACUGGCCGAAGCUCUUCAGUUUCUAUAUCUGCUCCCAAUUUCACUGCCUACAACAUUAGCUUUAAGAACACAGCUCCGCCACCAUCAAAAGGCAGAAUUGGAGCACAGGCAGUGGCACUUCGAGUUUCUGGAGAUCAAGCAGCAUUUUAUGGAUGUGGUUUCUAUGGGGCGCAAGACACUCUCAAUGACGACCGUGGAAGACAUUAUUUUAGAGAAUGUUUCAUUCAAGGAUCCAUAGAUUUCAUUUUCGGAAGCGCUAGAUCACUAUAUGAGGGGUGCACCAUUAAUUCAAUAGCAAAUCCAGUGAAAGGUGGGAUUCCACUGAAAGGUAGGAUAAGUGGAGCCAUCACAGCACAAGGAAGGCAAUCGAUGCAGGAGCAAAGUGGGUAUUCCUUUGUGAAUUGCAGUAUUGGAGGAAGUGGGAGAGUGUGGCUUGGUCGAGCUUGGGGAGCUUACGCCACUGUGGUGUUCUCCAAAACGUACAUGUCUGACGUUGUUGCUUCAGAUGGUUGGAAUGACUGGAGUGACCCUUCUAGAGAUCAGAAAGUGUUUUAUGGGGAGUAUGAGUGCAUAGGACCAGGAGCAAAUAAUACAAAUAGGGUCUCAUAUUCAAAGCAGCUCAACGAAUCUGAAGCAGCACCCUUUUUGGAUAUUUCCUACAUUGAUGGGGAUGAAUGGCUUUUAUAUGCUCCACUCUUCAGUCUUCAUGAAGAUUACCAUAUGCACAAUUAUCAGUUUACUUAUACUUACUAGUAUGUGUAAUGUUCUCUCUCCCAAGCGUGUCGCAUACUGAUAUUUGAUUGACAUUCUCGUAGCAUACAUGUAUUGUCCGAAAGAAAAAGGAAAAACGCUUCUCAGCUACUAGGAUUACUAUAACAUUUUUAUUGUGAGGAUAUCUUGGAAUCUCCCUAGUCUCUAGCACAUUAUGUGUUAACUUAUAUAUUGUUGUCUGUUCACUUUCAAUGUAUGAAUGUGUAUUUGGUAGCUGCAUGUGAUCAUGUUGUCAUCUACUGCUUGUUAUAUACUAAUAUUUGAUUGACAUUCUCGUAACGUACAUGUAUUGCCCGAAAGAAAAAGAAAAAUGCUUCUUAG